AUGUAUUCAAGUUCAAAAAAGGGAAGAGAGAUUGUGGUGCAAAAUGAGCAGUCCAUUGCAUCUGCUAGAGCUUCGGUGAUGGUCUACGAUGACAUGAACAAAAAAUGGGUCCCCAGUGGGUCUUCAAGUGGCCUGUCCAAAGUUCAUAUAUAUCAACAUUUAACUAAUAACACAUUCAGGGUUGUGGGGAGGAAACUACAAGACCAUGAAGUUGUUAUUAAUGCUUCCAUACUAAAGGGUUUAAAAUAUAAUCAAGCCACUCCAACGUUUCACCAAUGGCGAGACAACAAACAAGUUUAUGGCCUUAAUUUUAGUAGUCGUGACGAUGCAGAGGCUUUUGCUGCUGCUAUGCUCAGGACGUUGGACAUGAUAAAUCAAAAUAGCUCAUCUUCAAGGCCUCCACCACCACCUCCAAUGAACUCUCAGCCUGUAUACCAAAGCAUAACUGGUGAUCUAGAACUGAACAAUAUUGAACAAAAAUGGUCUGACAACGAUGCUGGUAAAAUAUCUCAUCAAAUACAGUAUGCAAGUAGUAAUAUCAACGGAACACAAAUGAACUCUGGAUCACCAAGUAACACCCUUCAUCGUACCGCAGCCCCCAACUGUGCUCCCCCUGCGCCACCACAACCACCUGCGCCUCCCGCUCAACCCAAUGCCGCUCCUCCCCCACCGCCUCCACCUCCACCACCACCUGUGGCAGGCCUGCCUCCAUGUCCUCCAAGUAUGCCAAUGAAUUCUGGUCCUCCACCUCCUCCUGCACCCCCCAUGUCUGGGGGAUUUUCGAGCCCACCCUGUCCGCCGCCUCUGCCUGGGUCAUCGCUACAGGGAACCAAUCCGGCAAACAUGUCUCUGGCUUCUGCGCUGGCCAACGCGAAGCUAAAAAAGACACAAAAAACAGAAGUAAAUCUUGAAGCAAAUAAAAGUGCUGGUCCUCCUAGCGGAAACAUGGCAAGUAUGAUGGAUGAAAUGGCCAGAACUCUUGCCAGAAGGAGAGCUCAAGCUGAAAGUAGCCAAAAUAGUAUGGAUUCAGAAAAUGAUAAAAAGUGGGAUAAGAAUACAUCCAAUGGUAGCUGUGCUACUCCUGGUUUAGAAUCCCCAAAAAGCAGUAGACGGCAGAGGAUAGGAUCAAUUGGGGACAUGGAUAACUUAAAAAAUGGUGCAGACGCCUAUGAUAUGGAUCGAUUUAAACAAGAAAUUAUGGUUGAAAUAAGGAUGGAAAUUAAUAAAUUAAAACAAGAUAUUAUUGAUGCCAUGCGGAUUGAACUGAAUCGAAGAUAAUACUAUUUGAUCAGGAAAUGGAGAUUUUGUAUGAAGAAUUGUUAAAAAGUCAUUGUGAGUUUGCAUCUUAGCCUUUCAUAAUGAGUUUCAUACUGUACAGACAUUGCAACUACUUUUGCCU